AAGUAGGUAGGUAGAAGUAGGUAUAGGUACCUACCUAACGCAACGAAAAAGGAAAGAAAUGAAGGAAGAAUUGAAGUUGAAGACCAAAAACGCGGUGCGUUAUGUAUUUUCAUUGUUAUUAUUUAUUUGCUUCUACCUAUUUAGUAAAUCAUGGUCAAAUCUAGAGUAAGUAGUACUGAAGCACGCACAAUUCAGUACUGGAACAUCAAGAACAAAUGUCAAGAAUGCCUAAUAAAGAAGUGCCUGCUUCUCGGCCUGUGGAGGUGAAACAACCAGCAGUCGUCGCUCAGCAUGCUUCUGUUGUCAAACCACCAAAUGUCACAACAAAGGUUGUCCCUACAAAGAUAGUGAAAGACGCAGCCAUGUCGCCGACGGCCGCCAGCUCGGACACGGAGAGGACGGAGCUCCUCGGCUCGUUGACCACGCUGCAGCAGCAGCGGACCAGCGCGAGGGUCAUCAAGAAGUUGAAGUUAGAACCGCCCGCUGAGAAGAGGUGCAAGCGAGAUGGACAGACUGAUGAUCUGACAGAAUGCGACACACCGAACAAGUUGGAGCAAGAAUUGAAAUUCCCCACUGUUAAGCAACGGAUGCCCAAAGCGCUCUGGUCUACUGAUGAGAAGAACCUGUUCUUCGAGGCCUUGAACGAGUAUGGGAAAGACUUUGACGCUAUCACCGCUUAUAUCUGCGCUAAGGCAAAAAAGAAAGGUGUACCCGAUGUGAAUCUGAAGACGAAGACACAAGUCAGCCAUUUCUACUACAGAACGUGGCACAAGCUAUCGAAACACGUCCAUUUUGAUGAGAACGUAAAAAAAGUGGCACAAGAGCUCUACGCGUUAAUAAACUACGGCGAACUCAGAAAAAAGUUGGUAUCGGUGAGUGAGAAGACAUGCGCGCGUUUGAGCGAGAUGGUGCAAUGCGGCAGCCUGGUGGUGCGAGUGAGAGGGCGAAAUGUUAGGGUCAGAACGCCUAUGUGCCGCGCUUUGAGAAGACUGAACCAGAUACACGAGCGCGCAUGCGGCGUGCGCGUGUGCACGCGCGCGUUGAUAUCGUUGUGUGCGCGCAGCGCGAGCGCGUGGCGGCGCGUGCAGGCGGCCGCGCACAACCCGCGCCUGCAGCUGCUGGCGCCGCUGCGCCUGCGCCUCGCGCACGUGCUGGCCGCGCUGCAGCGCCGGUGGAAGGUCAACUCCUGGAGACAGUAUCCCGAAGAUCAACAUGAAGAAGACAACUACCUUCAGGAACCGAAGUACGACGAUGAUGAUGAAGACCAUCUAGGCUUGGAGACUGACAGAAUCAUAACUCAAGAGCACAGACUGCCAAGAAAACUGGCGUUACACGUCGGACCGCGGCCGGACGUGACCAUAAACCUGCCCGUACUGACUCCAUCAGAACAACUGUCCAGUCAGAAGAUAUGUUUCUCAUCGUACUUGCAGAGAAUGUGCUCGCUUCGACACAAAGACACUAGUGCAAAAAUGCGAGCGCCUAAACGUCAAAGGAAAGACAGUGCCACAGAUAAAGACAAGGAAAUGGAGCAGAAGAAGUUGAGGUUAGAGGAAGAUCCCACCAAACUAAUGCAGAUUGAUGAAACUGCGGUCGACGGGAUUGACCUGAUGGCUACUUAUAGGAACAUUCAAGACGAAGAAGAAAAACCUAGUACAGAGGACGAGAAAGAGUUGAAAUCAGAAGAGACAGCGGAAGAAGAUUUAGAAAGAGACGGCUAUAAAGAAAUGUCCGAGAGGGAAAAGGACAGCUUCUCUGAAAUGGAGGACGAUGAGAAGUAUAAUAAGAGUGAUACGGAUAAUGAAAGCGAUCAUGGGAAGAAAAGGGAUAAAGAGUUUAAAAAUUUAAAGGUUAAAUUCCGAAUCCGACCCAAGAUACGUGGUGGCACCGAGUACACACUAGUUUCGGUCGUGGACAAAGACGACGAGGUCAAAAUCGAUGAUACAGCGAAAGACGACGACGUAAAAGCUGAUGAUGUCAAAACGGAUGACUCCAAGCCUGACGAAGCCAAGGUUGAUGAAACGAAAGCCGACGAAGUCAAGGGGGAAGAGAAGAUUGAAGAGCCGAAAUUGGACGUGGACAUAGAGACAGCAAUGAAACAGAUUCGACGCGGCUGGAGUAUACACGACGCUGGGGACCUCACCAUUGGCGACCUUUAUCUGAUGUUUGGCGCGAGGUCUCGACUGGAGCUGGACUAUUGGUGGGCGGAACCCACCCCUCCGCUCCCCGCUCCGCCGCACAAAGCCAAGACAGAGUCGCCGCCUGAAAGGAAAACAGACAAAACGCCAGACAAGGGAACUGACAGCUCAGUAGAAGAUGGAGACAAGAGAGAGAGUGACACAGACAUAUUCUCACCGAAGCCUUUUGGGCAGGACAGCAAUGAUGGGCUGUCGGGAGAUGAAAGGAAAAGUGAACAACUAGCGUCGCCGGAGCACAAGUCGUCGAGCAACGCGUCGCUCAAACUAGUCUGCAAACUGAUCAACCGACCGCUGCCCCUCGCGCCGCCCGCUUCCAACACUGGACUGGCUUUAGUUGGAGACAGACUGAAACGGCUACUGGCGUUGGCUGGAAAUCCUCACGUGCCCGUGUGCGGCGGCAUUGCUCGGUGCGAGUGCGGACAUGUGUGUAGUGCUCAAAGGAAACAGCAACAGAGGCAUCAAGGCGUGGGACCGCCGCUGUCGAAGCCCGACGACCCAUCGGUGGUGUUUCGACAUCCCACACCCAUCGCCCCGCGACCUGACGCAGAGCAGCCGGCGCCGCCGACGUCCGCGCUGGGCGGGCUCCCGCGCUGGCGCCGCGGCCGCCCGCGCGGCUCCUCGCGCCGAGUCGUCGUGCAACGAUUGCUGCCUUUGAUGCCUAAACUGGCGCCAUCCAGCAGCAAUCUGAUCCCGGUAAAGAUAGUCCCAAACUCGCCCCCCGUGCCGCCCAAGAUACUGCCCAAACCGCCGCCCACCACUACAUCUGAUCCGUUGUACUACGUGGUGCAAAAUUCCAACGGUCAAUACUACUUCCAAGAUGGCGACCGCCGUGUGCCCAUAUCGCAGCUGCCAGACGAAUACAAUGAAGAAGAAUCCUUUGAAACAAAAGACGAAAUGGACUUGCUGGACAUCCAACCCGAAACCAUAACUGGCUCGACUUCUCUCAAAGAAGAUAAUAAAGAGAAAGUGACGGAAGAUACGCCGACCACGCGUGUGAUAGAGACGAACAAUACGAAUGCUUCGGAAAUUGCACAGUUCCUACCAUCAGAGUCGAUGUCGCUAUCCCCGUCUCGGCUUUUACGCGACGCGGACUGCUGGCCCGAGGGUUCUGUUCAGGACUUCUCGUUAAGUAGUUUCCUUGGUCAUCUCGAGGCGCGACAGCCUGAAUUACAGGUGGAUUCGCAACUCCAGUCGUUGAUGGCGGAGUCGAGCGUGGACUACGUUGCAAAGUUCGCCGACCUCGCAGCCGAAGUGGCCGACGUCGCUCCAACAGACAACUUGCCUUCAGAUGAUCUAACGUGAUUAUUUGUUUAAAAAAAAAUGAAAAUUUGGAUGUGUUUGAAGAUAUUUGUUACUCAACUAUUUUUAAACACGCGGCUCACCUUAUGGUACUUACCAUAAGGUGAGCCGUCACCGUAGUCUAUGGAUGCCUAAAUGAAUGAAUAACAGAAACAUUAAAACACCAGGGUUGUCACAUUUGUGUGGUCUAGGAUAUUUUGCCACAGUUCCCGACGUUAUCACACUCUUCAAUCUAGAAUACAAUUCAAGCUCUACUAUUAGGCGUCAAAUGUUCAAAUGGGUUAAAAGCAACGAAUAUGCCGCUCGACUGGGUAAACAAAUAAACACAUAAAUGUAUACACAAUCAUUAAAUGUCUCUUUAAUUAAUAAGUUUAGUUAAUUAUGUAAUUUUCAAUUUUUUUUUAUUCUCAUUUAAGUAUAUUAGGCGUAAAUGCGUAUUGAGGGGUAAUAUUUAUCCCGAAAUCUCCACUCCACUGCAGUGAAACCCAGUGGCACAGCUAGUUCUAGAUUAGUCCUAAGAUUUAAUAAUAAUUAUAUAAGUAUUAUAACUUAUCUUUAAGUUUUAAAUGUUUAAUAAAAAUGUAAUUAAUAUAUAUUUACAUUAUCUGACAUGGACAGAACUUGUAAAUAUACAAACUUCA